CUGCGCCGCGGCAGGACCAGUCGGCAGCUCCUGCAUCCCGGGUACGAGCAUCCUGCGGGCGGGGGCGGCUCCGCACCGGGCUCCGCAUCCCGGAUCCCGGCCCCGGCUGGGCCAUGGCGGAGAUCACCAGCGUCCGUCCGGGCUUCGAUGUCUCUCCAGUGGUGGCAGGCCUCAUUGGUGCUACUGUCCUCGUGGUCUCUGUCUCAGUAACAGUGUUUGUGUGGACAUGCUGUCACCAGCAAGCAGAAAAGAAGCACAAAACCCCCCCGUACAAGUUCAUUCACAUGUUGAAAGGCAUCAGCAUCUAUCCAGAGACCUUGAGCAACAAGAAGAAAAUCAUCCGGAUCCGGAGAGACAAGAACGGUGCUCCCAAGGAGGCUGGAAGGGGAAACCUCUUGGUGGAUGCUGCUGAAUCCGGUUUAAUGGGCUCCGGUAACGCUGCCGACGGGCCCAGCGCAGCCCCUCGCGUCGAGCAGCUCCCCAUCCAAGUCAGUUAUGGAGAGGAGCUAAGUCCGGAUCAAAGCCUCACGCCGGGAGGAAGCAAAACGUCCUCACCAUCAUCUCCAGGGGAUGAGGUCCUGUUGGGCGAGCUCACGUUCUCAGUGGACUACAACUUCCCCAAGAAAGCUCUGGUGGUGACGAUCCAGGAGGCUCACGGGCUGCCGGUGAUGGACGAGCACACGCAGAGCUCCGACCCCUACAUCAAGAUGACGAUCCUCCCCGACAAAAGGCACCGGGUGAAGACCCGGGUGCUGCGCAAGACGCUGGAGCCGGUGUUCGAUGAGACCUUCACCUUCUAUGGCAUCCCCUACAGCCAGCUCCAGGACCUGGUGCUCCACUUCCUCGUGCUCAGCUUCGACCGCUUCUCCCGGGAUGAUGUGAUCGGAGAGGUCAUGGUGCCGCUGGCAGGUGUGGAUCCCAGCACUGGGAAGGUUCAGCUCACCCGGGAGAUCCUCAAGAGGAACAUCCAGAAGUGCAUCAGCAGAGGGGAGCUGCAGGUCUCCUUGUCCUACCAGCCCGUGGCUCAGAGGAUGACUGUGGUGGUGCUGAAGGCCAGGCACUUGCCAAAGAUGGACAUCACCGGCCUCUCAGGUAAUCCCUACGUGAAGGUGAACGUUUACUACGGCCGGAAGCGCAUCGCCAAGAAGAAGACUCACGUGAAGAAGUGCACUUUGAACCCCGUCUUCAACGAGUCCUUCAUCUAUGACAUCCCCGUGGAUCUGCUGCCCGACAUCAGCAUCGAGUUCCUGGUCAUCGACUUCGACCGCACCACCAAGAACGAGGUGGUUGGGAGGCUGAUCCUGGGUGCUCACAGCGGCACCGUGCCCGGCGCCGAGCACUGGCGCGAGGUGUGUGACAACCCCAGGAAGCCCAUUGCCAAGUGGCACAGCCUGAGCGAGUACUAGAGCUGGUAGGGCAGCCUUAACCCUUGUUGUAGCUGUAGGACUAAACCUUGGUGCGGCGGCAGCUGGUGAUGAUGAUGGUGAUGAUGGUGAGGGGGUUCUCUCGUGAUGGGAUUUCGCGCAGGGCACUCAGCUAUCGAAAGAGCAGUCACUGAAACCCAGAAACACAGAUAUAUAUCCCAGUGUACUCACGCUAUUGCAUGCCUAAUCCAAACUGACGUUAGUAUAAAUCCCACUAUCAAGUUGCAGAUUUUAAUACACUUAAUUCUCUGUCACUAUGGAAGUUGUGUUCGUGCCGAACUGUCUUUGCUGGUAUCACCGAGAUUGGCCUGGCUUUAGUAGGCUUCUCCCAGAGUUUAACCUCUAGUUUCUUGUUCGUUUGCCUGCCCAUUGGUUCUUGCGGUUCUGUUCUUUGCUGCUUCGGGAGCACCAACCACAGUUCCCUGUAAAGCUGGUUUGGAAUUCUGCACUGCGUGAAGGGAAAUGGCCCUUUCCUUGGGGAACAAAGUCCCCUUGUCAGCUCCUGGAACCCCUGCCACGUACUCCAUGUGGGGGCUCUGAGCUCCCAACAGGGACGAUUCACAGCCCACCAAAGGCAUCUCUUUGGGUGAUCUGAGGCCCUUUCCACCCCAGCCCAGGAGCACAAAGUGAUGAGCGAUGGCUCAGGGACCUCCUGCUGCUCCUUUUGAAGGGCCCACAGCUCAGUUCUGGUGUAGGGCAGCUGAGGGAGGAGCAGGGGCUGGGGGGGAAAGGGUCACAGAGCUUCCUUCCAUGCAGUUUGCAUCAGAGACGAUGCGGAGCUAACCCAGGGCAGAGCCUCUUCCAUGGUGCUUGGUCAAUGGGGAACGCCUCAGGCUUCCCAGAGGUUUCCAUCCCCUUGGAGGUGUGCAGACCUGCUUGGAGGAAUGAAACUGCUCCAAUGGGAGCUCACUUUCAGGUGGCCUCCAGUUGCUUCCAUUAUGGGUCCUGCUGGUGACGUUUGGAGCUCAUUUCACUGCUCACAGGCCUUGACUCCUGGAGUUUAGAGCCCUGUUGGGACAUGAUCCUUCCCCUUCCUCCUGCUGAAGGCAGAGCAAUGGAGCAGGCCUGGCUGGGGCCACACGUCAGGCAGCAGUGGGGGGCUCCUGGGGCACAGGCAGCACCCUGGGAGCUGGCAAUCCCUUGGCAUCCCUUCCUUCCUUUGGGAAAGCCGGAUCUCUCCUUGGCACUUGCUUCCAGGCAGAGCCUCUGCAGCAGCAGACGCUGCUCCAGGCCUGCAGCUGCCUCUGCAUAGGCAGAGGGGCUUCAUUCCUGCUGCAUUGGCUCCUACACAGGGAUUCCUGCCCCAGGGUGCAGGUUGUGUCCUUAGUGCUGCUCUGGCUCCUGGAGGGGCUCAGAGCUGCAGCUCGAGCUCAGUCCUGGCUCUUGCACUAAGCGAUAGCAUUGCCGCAGGUUAGCGACUGUCAGGGCUUUGCCCAUGGGGAUGAGGAGGCUCCAGCACCAGGCAGGAUGCUCCCCCCUUCCCUUCCCCUCGGCCACAUGGAUCUCCUCCGGAUUCCUGGGGUUGUGAAGGAGAAGCUGGAGCUGGGGCAAGGCGACAAGCUCAGGGUACAGAGGUGCAGGCUCCCGGGCAGGCAGGAGCAGCCCCAGCCCUUGGGAGCACUGGGAAAGUGAAGAUGUGCAGAUGUCUAUAUUUGUACAGCCUCAGUAGACAGGAAUGACAGGAACUCACUGUACAGCCCCCGCUGUGGUUGGUCUUCACCUUCUCGUGUCUCCUCGUGGCAAAUUAACUGGGAAAAUGACAACUUUGUGUGAUAAAAAAAGAAAAAUAAAAGGAAAAAAACCCAAACCCUA